GCCACCUGCCCCGCGCCGCGGCCCAACUUGGAUGGAGUUGGGGUCCUGAGCGCCCCCCGACCGCCGGCCCGCCUCCGCUCCGGGACCCCCCCCUGGCCGCUCGUCUCGGCUCCGGCGAUGGGAAAAGUUGGCGCCGCCGGCGGCCCCCCUGCCCGGCUGAGCGCGCUCCUGGCCGGCGCGGGGCUCCUGGUGCUCUGCGCCCCCGGCCACGGCGGCCGCGCUCCGGGCUGCCCCCCGCUGCGCCCCGGCCCCGGCCCGCGCGGGGCUCCGACCCCCGGGGGCUUCCUCCCGCCGGGCCCUCGCGGCGGAGCCCCUGCCACGCCCCUGCCCCUCCUCGGGCGCCCCCUGUUCGCGGUGGCCCCCGGAGACCGAGCGCUGUCCCUGGAGCGGGCCCGGGGCCCCCGGUCAUCCCCGGCGCCGGCCCCGCGCUCCGGCCGGAGGAGACGCAGCCCGGAUGAUCUGGACCAGACGGCCGGGGCAGAGGGCGCGAGUCGCAGCCCCCGGGGAGUGCCGCGGGACGGCGGGCAGCGGGAGCCCGGGACUCCGGAGCGGGACCCGGACAAAGCCACUCGGUUCCGGAUGGAGGAGCUGAGACUGACCAGCACCACGUUCGCGCUGACCGGCGACUCCGCGCACAACCAAGCCAUGGUCCACUGGUCUGGGCACAACAGCAGUGUGAUUCUCAUUUUGACAAAGCUCUAUGACUAUAACCUGGGGAGUGUCACUGAGAGCUCACUUUGGAGGUCGACUGAUUAUGGAACAACCUAUGAGAAGCUAAAUGAUAAAGUUGGGCUGAAAACGAUUUUGAGCUAUCUGUACGUGUGUCCUACCAAUAAGCGUAAGAUUAUGCUACUGACUGACCCAGAGAUUGAGAGCAGUUUGCUAAUCAGCUCAGAUGAAGGGGCGAGCUAUCAGAAAUACCGGCUCAACUUCUACAUUCAGAGCUUGCUUUUCCAUCCAAAGCAAGAGGACUGGAUUCUGGCAUACAGCCAAGACCAAAAGUUGUACAGCUCUGCUGAAUUUGGGAGAAGGUGGCAGCUGAUCCAGGAAGGGGUUGUUCCAAACAGGUUCUACUGGUCUGUCAUGGGGAACAGCAAGGAUGCAGAUCUCGUGCACCUUGAGGCCCGGACAGUGGAUGGUCAUUCGCAAUACCUCACGUGCCGGAUGCAGAACUGCACAGAGGCGAACAGAAGUAAACCUUUCCCAGGCUACAUUGACCCAGAUUCUUUGAUUGUCCAGGAUGAUUAUGUAUUUGUCCAGCUGACCUCAGGUGGGCGACCACAUUACUACGUGUCCUACCGGAGGAAUGCUUUUGCCCAGAUGAAGCUACCCAAAUAUGCUCUGCCCAAGGAUAUGCACGUCAUCAGUACAGAUGAGAAUCAAGUGUUCGCAGCAGUUCAAGAAUGGAACCAGAAUGACACCUACAACCUCUACAUCUCGGACACCCGGGGUGUCUACUUCACCCUGGCCCUGGAGAAUGUCCAGAGCAGCAGAGGCCCUGAGGGCAAUGUCAUGAUCGACCUCUAUGAGGUAGCAGGGAUAAAGGGAAUGUUCUUGGCUAACAAGAAGAUUGAAAACCAGGUGAAGACUUUCAUUACGUAUAAUAAAGGCCGAGACUGGCGUUUGCUGCAGGCUCCAGACACGGAUCUGAGAGGGGACCCUGUCCACUGUUUACUGCCCUAUUGCUCACUACACCUUCACCUGAAAGUUUCUGAGAAUCCUUAUACAUCUGGGAUUAUUGCCAGCCGAGACACGGCUCCCAGCAUUAUAGUGGCUUCAGGUAAUAUCGGUUCAGAGUUAUCAGACAGUGACAUCAGUAUGUUUGUGUCUUCAGAUGCAGGGAACACUUGGAGACAGAUCUUUGAAGAAGAGCACAGUGUCUUGUAUCUGGAUCAGGGUGGCGUGUUGGUGGCUAUGAAGCACACAUCUCUCCCCAUUCGACAUCUCUGGUUGAGUUUUGAUGAAGGGAGAUCUUGGAGCAAAUACAGUUUCACAUCUAUCCCACUGUUUGUGGAUGGGGUUCUGGGUGAACCCGGGGAAGAGACGCUCAUCAUGACAGUGUUUGGACACUUCAGUCACCGCUCUGAGUGGCAGCUGGUAAAAGUGGACUAUAAGUCCAUUUUUGAUAGACGUUGUGCUGAGGAGGACUACAGACCUUGGCAGCUGCACAGCCAGGGGGAAGCAUGCAUCAUGGGAGCCAAACGGAUAUAUAAGAAGCGAAAAUCUGAGCGGAAGUGCAUGCAAGGAAAAUAUGCUGGAGCUAUGGAAUCUGAACCCUGUGUCUGCACAGAGGCAGAUUUUGACUGCGACUAUGGUUAUGAGCGACAUAGCAAUGGUCAGUGCCUGCCAGCAUUUUGGUUCAAUCCAUCUUCUCUGUCGAAGGACUGCAGCUUGGGACAGAGUUACCUCAAUAGCACUGGGUACCGGAAGGUGGUUUCUAAUAACUGCACUGAUGGAGUGAGAGAGCAAUAUACUGCCAAACCCCAAAAGUGUCCAGGCAAGGCCCCUCGGGGGCUCCGGAUUGUCACUGCUGAUGGGAAGCUGACAGCAGAACAAGGACAUAAUGUCACGCUUAUGGUGCAACUGGAAGAGGGUGACGUGCAGCGGACGUUUAUCCAAGUGGACUUUGGGGAUGGUAUCGCAGUCUCUUACGUCAACCUCAGCUCCAUGGAGGAUGGCAUCAAGCACGUCUAUCACAAUGUGGGCAUUUUCCGAGUGACCGUGCAGGUGGACAACAGUCUGGGGUCUGACAGCGCCGUCCUGUACUUACAUGUAACUUGUCCUCUGGAGCAUGUGCACCUGUCCCUUCCCUUUGUCACCACCAAGAACAAGGAAGUCAAUGCAACGGCAGUGCUGUGGCCCAGCCAAGUGGGCACCCUCACUUACGUGUGGUGGUAUGGGAACAACACAGAGCCCCUGAUCACCUUAGAGGGAAGCCUGUCAUUCAAGUUCACUUCUGAAGGGAUGAACACCAUCACAGUGCAGGUGUCUGCCGGGAAUGCCAUCCUGCAGGACACGAAGACCAUCGCCGUGUACGAGGAGUUCCGAUCACUUCGUCUUUCUUUUUCUCCAAACUUGGAUGACUACAACCCAGACAUCCCCGAGUGGAGGAGAGAUAUUAGCCGAGUCAUCAAAAAGUCCCUGGUAGACGUCACGGGAGUUCCAGGCCAACACAUAUUGGUGGCAGUGCUCCCUGGCUUGCCCACUGCUGCAGAGCUUUUUGUCUUGCCCUAUCAGGAUCCCACAGGAGAAAACAAAAAGUCAGCAGAGGACCUGGAGCAGAUAUCAGAGCUGUUGAUCCACAAGCUCAACCAAAACUUGGUACACUUUGAGCUGAAGCCUGGAGUCCAAGUCCUUGUCCAUGCGGCUCACUUAACAGCAGCUCCUCUGGUGGACCUCAACCCCACCCACAGCGGUUCUGCCAUGCUGAUGCUCCUUUCGGUGGUGUUUGUGGGUCUGGCGGUGUUUGUCAUCUACAAGUUCAAAAGGAGAGUAGCUUUACCCUCCCCUCCCUCCCCUUCUACUCAACCUGGUGACUCAUCUCUCCGAUUGCAAAGAGCAAGACACGCCACUCCGCCUGCAACGCCAAAGCGGGGAUCUGCUGGGGCGCAAUUUGCAAUUUAAGGAAAAGCCCCAAAGGCUCCAGGAAACCUGCUGAUCAGGAAAAGAAUUUCGCUCUUGUCAAGUGCAUCAUCCUUCAUGACCACUAACUUUAUGUUUUUUUUCUUCUUCUUUCCUCUGUUGUUCUGUUUCCUAUUUUGCCAGGAAGUAUUUCCAUAGUUGCUGAGAAUCAAAGCACAAAAGAAAUCCCUACCUAUGUAAAUGUUUGAAUGGAGGACGCCAGUAAAAACAAACAAACAAAAAAUACAAAAACAAACAAUACAAUAAAAACAGUCAAAAAUCCAAACAAACAAAACAAACUAAACACUCACUGCAUCGGGACUUUUUAAUUCUUCAGACACAGACAACAAGGGUUUUUAGCUUUAAGCCUGUGCAUGUGGACAAUACCUUGAGAACAUGCUAUGAGGGGCAGUGUACAGGUGCUCUCUUUUAACGGAAAACACUCCCCUCCCCCUUUCUUCCUUUCUCUUUUUUCUGAUGGGUCGUGUUUGUAGAAAAUUCAUAACAGAGAAGCCAAGGAAACCUGCAUGUGUUUUUGGAAAUAUCCUUGGCUCUAGAAUUAACAGCUAUUUUAGCACUCCAGGCUGAUGGGUGGGUUAGCCACCCCGGCCCUUUUUCCUAAGACACAGAAACACGCCCAGGAGGUUCAGCCCCUGAGCAGUUUCUCUGUUUCACCUCCCUUCCUGUCAUUUUCCCUACUGAAUUAUAUUUGAUGGCUCUAUUGACCAGCACUGGCCACAGGCUGAUUUUUCGCUAUUCUGUGAGGCCCCAGGACAGUGAAAUGCAUUGCAUUUCCUUGUGUGCAGGCAGAAUAGGGAAGGAAGGAGGGAGAGA